AUGGACGCUCGUCGGUGUUGGGUAGAUUAUACGAGAACCAAAUGCCAUCUUUGUUCAAAGGCAUUAAACAAUCCGAGGACAUUACCGUGUCUUCACUCAUUCUGCCUAAACUGUCUUGAAAACUUAGUGUAUAUUGAUGGAACACAGCUUCAAGGAGAAGUCGAAUGCCCAACAUGUAUGUCGCCUUUCCAAGUCUCGGAAGAAUUCAUCGAUGAUUUACCCAUUCCAUUUCUCUCAGGUCGGUUUAAGGACACUUUGUUGAACGAAGUAAUUCAAGGAAAUAUUAAUUGCUCGAAUUGCGAAGGAGGUAUGGCUGCCAUCUCCUUUUGUUAUGUUUGUCGUCAUUACUUCUGCUUUCGUUGUGAUCAGGCUCAUCAUCGGCUGGAGUACACACGGGGUCAUCAUUAUAUCUUGCUUGAGAAUGCCCAUUCUUUGUUACGAAGAUUAGCUAUGUGCCCGGAAGAAAACCAUGAAGAAGAACCGCUGAGUUUAUACUGCAAGAAAUGCCGCAAAUGCAUUUGCCAAGUUUGUGAUAAAGAGAGCCAUUGGCGACAUGUUGUUGAAAAUGUUCAGGAUGCUGCCGAACGGAAAAGGCAAAAGAUCAACGAAACCUUAGUGCAAAUAGAACAAGAGAUCGCUUCGUUGAAUGACAAAAUCAAGGAAAGCCAGGAAACAUUUGAAACUAGGAAGGAAGAAAUCAACGCUGCACGCAGAACUGUUCAAGCAUACGUGAAUGCAGCUAUUCGUAGUUUAGAAAACCACAAGGAAGCUAUGUUGACAGAAUUAGAUGAUAUCUAUGCAAAGCUACAGCAAAGACAUGCAGCCAAACAAGGUAAACUGGAGUUGUUGGUCCAGCAAUUAAAAAGUCCGGUAAAAUACGGAAAGGGCAUUCUGAAAAGAAAUUACGAUGUGGAAAUUUUGAAGGAACGAGAAGCUGUCAUCAGUCGUUGCGUUUACCUUUUGAAUUCUGGACAGGACUGGGAUUCAUUUCAGUUUCCUUGCGUGAAGUAUAUUGCUGAUAAAAAAGCGUCAUUUAAGAAUGUUCGAGAUUUGCGACCGGGGCGAGUGAUCGUAAGUAACGCUGGCCCUAUUGAUGUUAGUGUACCACAUGUGUACAAGCGAGCUUUUCAACUGGGAUCCGAUGGUUACUUAGAUGAAAGUCAUUCUUCUCCUCGUGGUGUUGCAGUCUAUAAAACUAGUGGAAACAUAGCAGUAGCUGAUAGAUUGAGAAGAAGAAUUAGCCUCUUUAGUCCAGAUGGAAAAUAUCUAAGACAUUUUGGUGACUUACGAGAUGGCUCCAAGAAUCUGAGCUCGCCAUACUCGGUUGCGUUCAGUUCGCUUGGUGAAAUAAUUGUCGUUGAUUGUGUUAACUUAAUGUUUUGUUCUAAUCGUGGACUUUUUCUGAGCUAUGUUGGAAACGUUGCUUUGCCAAAGUCAGUUUCUGUUUCAAAAGAUGGGCAACUGAUUGUCUGUGACAAAAAAGAUGCCAAAGUUAAGGUUCUCUGCCCUUAUACUAGAGAACUUUUGAAGUCCUUUCCAACUGAUCCAGACUUUGAAAAAUGCCAGCCCUCUUUUGCUAUUCUUCAUGGAGACAAAUUCUUUGUUUCCUAUCCAAAGAGGCAUUGUGUCAAGGCUUUUAGUCAUGAUGGCGAUUUCCUCUACGAUAUUGGAACUGAAGGAUGUGAGCAAGAGCAGCUAGACAAACCUCAGGGACUUGCAAUUGACAGGUUUAACAAUCUUGUAGUUUGUGACAGUAACAAAAGCUGUCUGCAAGUGUACAAGCCAGACGGAAGGCACGUUGCCACAGUAGAGGGAGAGAAUUCUAAGCUGAUAUCUCCUCAAUUUGUUGCUGUCUCCAAGGAUGGACAAUUAUUUGUUACUGAUUCAGGAUGGGAAAGUGGAAAACAGUCUUGCUUUCAUAUUUUCUACUGA